UUCCGGGCGGGGCUCCGUUCAAACGCCGAUGGCGGGAGCUGCGCCGCGGGACGCGUGAGGGGAGCUGGCGGCGGCGGACCGAGCUCCGGAUCGGCGCUUCUCCGGAGGGCGCGGGGAGCGAAGAUUAUGUGCUACAGAUUCCAUCUUAGUGGGGGUGUUCUUUGCGGAUAAAGAUGCUGAAAUUUAAAUAUGCAACACCCCAUCCAGCAGAACCGGGCGCGAUGGACUCUAUUGCCAGCCGGGCUUCUCGGCUUAAUCUGCUCCUUCAGGGGAAACUCCCGCCUCUGACACAACAGCAGAUGUCUCCGUUCUCAAGAGAAGGCAUUCUGGACGCCCUUAUGGUGCUGUAUGGGGAAUGCAGCAGUCCUCUGCUAAUGAAAAUCAAGCACGCGGGCAAUUUUUUAAAAAAGCAUUCAGAUUCAAUAGCCGAGUUCCGGGAACUUCAACCCAGCUUGAAAGAUUUUGAAAUCCGGAAUUUGUUAGGAUGCGGUCAUUUUGCAGAAGUCCAGCUGGUGAAAGAAAAGGCAACUGGUGACAUUUAUGCCAUGAAGGUGAUGAGCAAGGAGACACUGCUGGGAAAAGAGCAGGUCUUCUUUGAGGAAGAGAGAAAUAUCCUAUCCCAGAAUGCCAGCCCUUGGAUCCCACGUCUUCACUAUGCCUUCCAAGAUAAAAAGAAUCUUUACUUGGUUAUGGAUUAUGAGCCCGGAGGAGACCUGCUCUCAUUCUUAAACAGAUACGAGGAUCAACUGGAGGAAAGCACCAUGCAGUUUUAUCUAGCAGAAUUAGUUUUGGCCAUUCACAGCGUCCAUCAAAUGGGCUAUGUCCAUCGAGAUGUUAAGCCAGAGAAUAUCCUCAUUGACAGAACAGGGCACAUCAAGUUGGUGGGUUUUGGUUCUGCUGCCAAAAUCACAGCGGAUAAAACGGUGGAUGCCAAGGGGCCCCCUGGCACUCCUGACUAUAUGGCCCCGGAAGUGCUUAGCGCCUUGAGCAACAGCAAAACCUCCUAUGGGUCGGGAUGCGACUGGUGGUCCCUUGGAGUGGUCGCUUAUGAAGUCAUCUACGGAAAAUCGCCAUUUACCGAGGGGACCUCGGCUAAAACUUGCAACAACAUCCUGAAUUUUCAGAGGUUCCUGAAAUUCCCGCAGGACGUAAAGGUCAGCCAUGAGUUUCUUGAUCUGCUGCAGGGUUUAUUGUGUGGGCCGAAAGAGCGCUUGGAUUACGAAGGCCUUUGCUGUCAUCCGUUCUUUUCCCACGUGGACUGGAGCGCCAUCCCUAACUCUCUUCCUCCCUUCGUGCCGAGCCUCAAGCGUGAAGAUGAUACCUCUCAUUUCGAUGCCCCGGAGGAGGAGAAGAACGCCAGGAUUGCUUCCUCUCUCGCCCAGCUGAGCCCUGCAAGUUCCUCAGGAGAAGAUUUGCCGUUCGUGGGCUUCUCUUUCAUCAAGGCGCUGGCGGUUCUACGGUCAGAGUCUGCUUUGAGCUUGGAUUCUCCUGCUAAGAUUAGCUCCAUGGAAAAGAAACUCCUCUUUAAGAGCAAAGAGCUGCAAGACACCCAGGCAAAGUGUCACAAGAUGGAGCAGGAAAUGACCCGUUUGCAUCGCAGAGUGUCGGAGGUGGAGGCUGUACUCAGCCAAAAGGAGGUGGAACUGAAAGCCUCCGAGACCCAGCGAUCUCUCCUCGAACAGGACCUGGCUACCUACAUCACAGAAUGCAGUAGCUUAAAGCGAAGUCUGGAACAGGCUCGGAUGGAGGUUUCUCAAGAGGAUGACAAGGCCCUGCAGCUCCUUCAUGACAUAAGAGAACAAAGUCGCAAGUUGCAGGAAAUCAAAGAGCAGGAGUAUCAAGCUCAGGUGGAAGAAAUGAGACUGAUGAUGAAUCAGCUAGAGGAGGAUCUGAUUUCUGCUCGCAGACGUAGCGAUCUUUACGAAUCGGAGCUGAGGGAGUCUCGACUGGCUGCAGAAGACUUCAAGCGAAAAGCCACCGAAUGUCAUAACAGGCUGCAGAAAGUAGUUAAGGUUAAAGAUCAAGGAAAAACAGAAGUGGGAGAGCUGUAUUCCAAGCUGGAGAAGAUCAAUGCCGAUCAGCAGGUGAAAAUUCAGGAGCUGCAGGAGAAGCUGACAAAAGCUAUGAAAGCCAGCUCGGAGGCCACCGAAUUGCUCCAGAACAUCCGCCAAGCAAAGGAGAGAGCCGAGAAAGAGCUGGAGAAAUUGCAAAAUCGGGAGGACUCCAACGAAAGCAUGAAAAAGAAAUUGCUGGAAGCCGAGGAAAGGCGUCAUUCUCUAGAGAACCAAGUGAAGCGGCUGGAGACGGUGGAACGCCGGGAGAACCGACUGAAAGAAGAUAUCCAGACGAAAUCUCAGCAAAUCCAGCAGAUGGCUGAUAAAAUUCUGGAACUGGAAGAGAAACACCGGGAAGCUCAGCUUGCAGCCCAACACCUUGAGUUGCAUCUGAAGCAGAAAGAACAAAUGUAUGAAGAAAGGCUCAAAGUGCUUGAUAACCAGAUGAAGAAAGACCUGGCCGACAAAGACGCCCUGGAAAACAUGCUGAGGAAACACGAGGAGGAAGCGCACGAAAAGUGCAAAAUCCUUGCCGAGCAGAAAGCGAUGAUCAAUGCCAUGGAUUCGAAGAUUAGGUCUCUGGAACAGAGAAUAGUGGAACUGUCUGAAGCUAACAAGCUCGCAGCCAACAGCAGCCUGUUUACUCAGAGGAACAUGAAAGCCCAAGAAGAGAUGAUUUCCGAGCUCAGGCAGCAGAAGUUUUAUCUGGAAACUCAGGCUGGAAAAUUAGAGGCGCACAACAAUAAGCUGGAGGAACAAUUGGAAAAGAUCAGCCAUCAGGACCACAGCGACAAAACUCGCCUGCUGGAGCUGGAGACGAGGUUACGAGAGGUUAGCCUUGAACACGAAGAACAAAAACUAGAACUGAAGCGACAGCUGACCGAAUUGCAGCUCACCCUCCAGGAGAGGGAAUCUCAGAUUUCAGGCUUGCAAGCAGCCCGGGCAGCUCUGGAAAGUCAGCUCCGGGAAGCUAAAACCGAGUUGGAGGAGACCACGGCCGAGGCUGAAGAAGAGAUCCAGGCACUGACGGCACAUAGAGAUGAAAUCCAGCGUAAAUUUGAAGCCCUUCGUAAUAGCUGCACAGUGAUUACGGACCUAGAAGAGCAGCUGAACCAGCUAACUGAGGAUAACGCUGAGCUGAACAACCAGAAUUUCUUCCUCUCCAAGCAGCUGGACGAAGCUUCAGGGGCAAACAACGAGGUGGUUCAGCUGCGAAGUGAGGUUGACCAUCUUCGCCGCGAGAUAACGGAACGGGAGAUGCAGCUCACCAGUCAAAAGCAAACCAUGGAGGCCUUAAAGACCACCUGUACCAUGCUGGAGGAGCAAGUGAUGGAUCUGGAGGCCCUGAACGACGAACUCUUGGAGAAGGAGCGUCAGUGGGAGGCGUGGAGGAGUGUUCUGGGGGAUGAGAAGACCCAGUUUGAGUGCCGGGUGCGGGAACUCCAGAGGAUGUUGGAUACGGAGAAGCAGAGCAGGGUGCGGGCCGACCAGCGUAUCACGGAAUCCCGCCAAGUGGUGGAGCUCGCCGUGAAAGAACAUAAAGCAGAGAUCUUGGCUCUCCAGCAAGCAUUAAAGGAACAGAAACUCAAAGCUGAGAGUCUGUCCGACAAGCUCAACGACUUGGAGAAGAAGCACGCCAUGCUGGAGAUGAACGCCCGGAGCUUGCAGCAGAAGCUUGAAACGGAACGCGAACUCAAACAGAGGCUUCUGGAAGAGCAAGCCAAAUUGCAGCAGCAGAUGGAUUUGCAGAAAAAUCACAUCUUUCGGCUGACUCAAGGCCUGCAAGAGGCUUUGGACCGGGCUGAUCUUUUGAAGACCGAAAGGAGCGACUUGGAAUACCAGCUGGAAAAUAUUCAGGUCCUCUAUUCCCACGAAAAAGUGAAAAUGGAAGGCACUAUUUCCCAACAAACCAAGCUUAUAGACUUCCUGCAAGCAAAGAUGGAUCAGCCAGCCAAGAAAAAAAAGGGCCUGUUUAGUCGACGGAAAGAGGACCCUUCUUUGCCCUCACAGGUUCCUCUGCAGUACAAUGAGCUGAAGGUGGCCUUGGAGAAGGAGAAGGCCCGCUCGGCGGAGCUGGAGGAAGCCCUGCAGAAAACCCGCAUCGAGCUCCGAUCCGCUCGGGAGGAAGCUGCCCAUAGGAAAAUUACAGACCACCCUCACCCUUCCACGCCAGCCACAGCCAGGCAGCAGAUCAUCAUGUCUGCCCUAGUUCGGUCACCAGAACACCAGCCCACGCCCAUCAGCCUGCUGGCACCUCCCUCCAGCCGCAGAAAGGAGGCCUCCACGCCUGAGGAGUUUAAUCGGCGCCUUAAAGAACGGAUGCAUCACAAUAUCCCUCACCGCUUCAACGUGGGGCUAAACAUGAGAGCUACCAAAUGUGCCGUUUGCUUAGACACUGUGCACUUUGGACGUCAGGCUUCGAAAUGUCUGGAAUGCCAGAUGAUGUGCCAUCCCAAGUGUUCCGCCUGCUUGCCGGCCACUUGUGGCUUGCCAGCUGAGUACGCCACGCACUUCUCCGAAGCCUUCUGCCGGGACAAAUUGAAUUCUCCAGGCGUGCAGCUGAAAGACCCAGGCAGCGCCUUACGGCUGGAAGGAUGGAUGAAGGUGCCCAGGAAUAAUAAACGAGGCCAGCAGGGCUGGGAUAGGAAGUAUGUAGUUCUAGAAGGAACUAAAGUCCUUGUUUACGACACGGAAACGAGAGAAGCUGGACAACGGCCCGUGGAAGAGUUUGAAUUGUGCCUUCCAGAUGGAGACGUGACCGUCCACGGGGCCGUGGGAGCGACAGAGCUUCUCAAUACAGCCAAGACAGAUGUGCCCUAUAUAUUGAAGCUGGAAUCCCAUCCUCACACCACCUGUUGGCCUGGCCGGACUCUCUAUUUGCUCACGCCCACCUUUCCGGAUAAGCAGCGUUGGGUGAAUGCCCUGGAAUCUACGGUGGCUGGAGGAAGAGUUUCCAGAGAAAAGGCAGAGGCUGAUGCUAAACUCCUCGGGAAUUCUCUCCUGAAGCUGGAAGGAGAAGACCGCUUGGAUAUCAACUGCACUUUACCCUUCAGCGAUCAGGUGGUCCUGGUGGGUGCUGAGGAAGGCCUCUAUGCCCUGAAUGUGCUGAAGAAUUCCUUAACGCACGUCCCCGGGAUCGGUGCUGUCUUUCAAAUCCACCUCAUCAAGGAUCUGGAGAAACUGCUCAUGAUUGCAGGAGACGAAAGGGCGUUGUGCCUUGUGGACGUGAAAAAAGUGAAGCAGUCCCUCGCUCAGUCCCACCUGCCGGCUCAACCCGACGUCUCGCCCAACAUUUUUGAGGCCGUGAAAGGCUGCCAUCUUUUUGCAGCUGGCAAGAUUGACAACGGGCUGUGCAUCUGUGCGGCCAUGCCCAGCAAAGUGGUGGUGCUACGUUACAACGAGAGCCUCAGCAAGUUCUGCAUCCGGAAGGAGAUCGAGACUUCGGAGCCGUGCGGCUGUAUCCAUUUCACCAAUUACAGCAUCAUCGUGGGGACAAAUAAGUUUUAUGAAAUUGAGAUGAAGCAGUACACCCUAGAAGAAUUCCUGGAUAAGAAUGACCACACCUUGGCGUCCGCUGUGUUUGCAUCCUCCACCAAUAGUUUCCCAAUCAACAUCAUCCAGGUGAACCCAACAGGGCAAAGGGAAGAGUAUCUGCUUUGCUUCCAUGAAUUUGGCAUUUUUGUAGACUCCUACGGAAGGCGCAGCCGCUCGGAUGACCUGAAAUGGAGUCGCCUGCCUUUGGCAUUCGCCUAUCGGGAACCGUACCUGUUUGUGACCCACUUCAAUUCCCUGGAGGUGAUCGAAAUCCAAGCACGCGCUUCCCUUGGCAUCCCGGCCCGGGCCCAUCUGGACAUCCCGAGCCCUCGUUACCUGGGCCCGGCUAUCUCCUCCGGAGCCAUUUACCUGGCCUCUUCCUAUCAGGAUAAAUUGAGGGUGAUUUGCUGCAAAGGGAAUUUGGUGAAAGAAUCCAACAACGAGCACCACCGAGGAUCCUCAACCACCCGCAGCAGUCCAAACAAGAGAGGACCGCCCACGUAUAACGAGCACAUAACCAAGCGGGUCGCCUCGAGCCCAGGGCCUCCCGAAGGUCCCGCCCACCCUCGCGAGCCAAGCACACCGCAUCGCUAUCGGGAAGGAAGGACCGAGCUCCGGAGGGACAAGUCUCCGGGGCGUCCCCUGGAGAGGGAGAAAUCUCCAGGACGGGUCCUCAGCACCCGCCGAGAGAGGUCCCCCGGGAGACUGUUUGAGGAGAGCAGCAGGGGACGGAUACAAGUGGGGGGCGCCCGGACUCCCCUCGCCCAGGUCAACAAGGUCUGGGACCAAUCUUCAGUAUAAGCGCCACAAGCCUCCCCCCUCCCUCCCUGAACUCCAGGAAGAACACAAAAAUAUCCAAAAUUAGGUGCACCUCCCAUUUCCCCAAGUAACCCCUUACUGAGCCCAAACUCAUUCCGGCAAUGACAUUUAAUCCAGAAGGACUAAAAGUCCGUUGCGAGGAUCGGCUUGCGUCCCAGUGGAUUUUCCCUUCCGCCUUCCUGUCCUGCCCUGGGGUCCCCUUUCUCUUUUUUCCCCCCCAUCCCUUUUGGGGAGGGGGGAACGGGGGGGGGGCACUUUGUACGACUGCUCCUUUCAAAGCAGUCCUUCGAUUUUUCUAUUUCGCUUUUACUUGCCCCGUUGAUCGUCCGACGGGGAUGGGACGGUCCGGUGUCUCUGUCUACACCCAGUGUCAUUCUCUCCUGCUGCAGAGCUGUAGCGAAAAUGUCAGGCGACUGAGUUCAUCGGUUGCUUCCCGGAACUUUUUUGGGGGGAAAUUUUACCAUUCCAAGUCCAAAAUUUAAACAACAACAACAACAACAAAAAAAAAAACAACGCAGCUGUCGGCACAGCUCUGUGAUCUGCCGGGUUGCUGGGAAGGAAGGUCAUUUUAAUAAUUCCCCCCCCCCAACAUGCCUCGACCAUCUACGAAACAUUGUCCAGCGGUCUCGCCCUCUGCGUCAAAAGUCUCCCGGGGGUGGGGGUCUCAAGUGCCCCGUUCACACACACACCCCACAUCCAGGCCUCCGCCCUCCCUCCACCCCCCCAGGCUUCCUGCAUGGCGAUUCCCUGCAUGCUUCCUGCGCCAUCAUCUUGACUGCAGCCUCUUUUUCAGUUGCUUUGCUCGAUAUUGUAUCUCCGUAAUUUUUCCCGUGUUCAAAUAACCGAAGCCUUUUUGAGACGAUGCUGCAGCCCGAGAACCAUCCUUGUGGAACUGGGGAAACGAAAGGCGCUGGAGGAGGAGGAGGAGGAGAUGGGACGGCUCUUGAGGCCCCCACUGCAACUGAACCAGGCAGGGCAGAUUCCCCAGCCGGCACAGGCACACCGAGCAAGAGGCCAGCAGAGGAAACGCCGCCUUGCCCCCUGGGAUCUUGAAGCCCCCCAGCGCCUCCCCCAAAGAAGGGAGAGCAGGAAAGCUGAACCUGUGGCCCAAAGGAGCAAGGAAAGUCACAGAAGGGGGGGACCUGCGUGCCAUCCAGAGGAAAAGGCCCCCUUUGCUUUGGGAAGGAAUGUGGGCAAUGUGGCUAUCCUGCCAGCAACAGCCCCAUCUUGCUUCUCAUUCUUGACUCCCACCGAGCUCAAACAACACCCCAUUUGGGCCGCAAUUUGCUUUUGCUCUCUUUUUUUUUUUUGCUCCCAGCUGGCCAGAGCAAAUCCACUGUGCCUCUGCUGGCUCCUUUGCCCCCCCCCCCCAGCGCCGCCCUACGGAGAAGCCCCCAUCUCUGCCGCUUCAUCGAUGCCCUUUGGAUUGGGUGGGGGCUGUUGUGGAUAACAGGGUCAGGCUGAUUGCAUUCUCCGGUGGUUUUGUCAGGAAACGUGCACGGAUUUCCAUCUCCGGAAGUCCCGAAAGUUCUUUAAGGUCUUUGCAUCUCAUGGGGAAAAAAAACUCCUUACUAAUUAAUAAUGAUAAUGAUACUACUAAUAAUAAUGAUUAUCCCUCAUUACCUGAAAACUCGGCUUCUCGAGCCCUUGAAAGUGUAUAUCUCUUGUGUCUUGUUUGUGAAAUGCUUCCUGCUAUAGAAUAGCUCAAAACACUGUACAUAUUUACAAGAAACUUUAUAUUCGUAAAAAAGAAAAAAAAAGCAA